AUGGCAUCAGACUUGCCGAGCCCCGAGGCUCGCGAGUUGAGUCUGAUAGGCAAGGUCGAGUUUAGGAUCGCGAUGGCUGACUCGGAUGAGAAGCUCCAAUCCUUGCUCAUGACAUAUCUGGCUCCACUUCUGCUCAAGCUAUCAUCAGACAGUGUUGCGGUACGAAACAAGGUCAUCUCUGUCUGUCAGCAUGUCAACGCCCGGGUGAAGACCCCCUCUAUCCAACUUCCAGUCGCUGCGUUAUUGAAGCAAUUCAAAGAACAAAAGUCUCAACUUGUCCGCCAUUUUGACUUGAUUUAUGCCCAGCAGGGUAUUGACCGUCUUGGUUCGGAAGCCAGGGUUGAUAUUCUGCUCCCCUUGCUCCAGGGAAUAGCGGAGAUUGGAACUUCGGCUACCCAGGGUGCCAUCGUCUUCAACCUUGUGCUACGACUAUUACCCCUUUUCAAGAUUCCACCAAAGGGGAGUGAUGAGGAUCAGAAAUUGAAAGAACGUCUGAAACUGUCUGAUGAAGAAACUCGCUUUUUGUCCUUCUGGUUGACAAAGCUACUCCUUCUUUCUCCUGCUGCGGCCGAGGCCCAGACAUGUCCUGGCUUGUCACCCGAAGAAUACAAAUUUCUUAACAAAGAUGCGCCUGCAAACGAAACUUGGAACCCUGCAGCUUCUGGAGGCCUGAAUCUGACAGAAACCAAAGUCAUCGCUCUUCGCUUCCUCGGGAGUGGCGCAUUUGCUGACUCCCAACGCUUCUUGCCCUCGUUAAUUGCCACCGCAGACGCCAACUCACGGCUUGCUGAUUUGGGUGACGAAACUUUGAAGAGAUUUGCUGUCGAUCUUGAAGAUUCGGCCGUUGUGGAGCAGCUAUAUGAUUUGUAUUUUGGCUCUGGAAAGGCAGAUGGGUCUCCUCCAGUCCGUCCGCCUCUGCAAGUGAGAAUCCUAGUAUUCUUAGGCAAAUCUAUCAAAGCUACAGAGAACACACAAAGAAUCUACAAGCUCAUCGAAGAUGGGCUUUUAUCGGAUGCCGCAAGAUCCGCUCAGGGUCUGCAAGCAUCCAAGCUUAGAACGCAAAUAUUCACUUUCACCACAUGGGUCGUUCGUAUGGGCUCUCCAUCGGAUCUGAAGCAAAUUGCCCCCAAGUUGAUUGCCGGCUUGAGGGAUUUCAUCCAGUCUCAAGGAUGGCCCAGUCCCGGUGCCAGUGGACAGAGGCUCCCUGCAACCGACCUUAGCUUGCGUGGCCUGGCCUACGAAAGUAUUGGUAUCAUGGUUCCCAAGGUUGACUUUCAACUACGUGAUGAGACCGGCGAAAACUUUGAAUUCGACCUGGUUAGAUGGCUGUUUACAUCCCUCAGCUCCGAUGACUCCAGUUCGCAGAUCUUUGUCAGCAUUGACCAAGCUCUGGGAAGUAUUCUGAACUCCUCUUUGGAUAGUCAUGACAAGGAGUUCCAGGACCAGCUACGUCCAUUCUUGGUGAGCCAGAUGGGCUUGCAUCAAGGGGAUACUGACCCGGACACCGGCUUUGACGUUGUUCGGGGCGUGCAAUAUGCCGCCGUGCGAUUUGCUAACCGGUUCCUCCCCUAUAACGACGUGGUGGCUCGCUGGGUCGAUCUUAUGGCCAUCGCCAGAGGCCCGGAAAGACAGCAGGAAAUCGUGGAGGAGGGCAAGAAAGGUCUUCACCCUUACUGGUUCCGACUCCUCAACCCGACCAAGGACAAGAAAUGGGAAGCUACUAUGACAGAAAAGGACCGUGACGAGUCGUGGUUCGACUUUCCCAAGUUCGCCGAGGCAACUCAGUACCUUUUCGGCUCAAGUGAACAAGGUGGAACGUCUGCCGCUCAGAGCAUGUCGACACCUCAACUACUAUCCGGCCCUUAUAAGAAUGCUUUCGUUCCUGCCGUUGCCUUCCUGCGAAAUGCUCUCCUCUCGGAGGCCUUCGCAGCGGCAGGAAUUACAACUGAACUUGAACAAGACUGGGACUACAAACUCGAGGUUGAGCUCUCCACCAGCGUGGAGGCACGAUCCGCCGUGCAACAGUAUAUCCGCAACUCCGCCAAAGAACCCGUGUUCACUUUCCUGUCCGGAAUUCUUCACGGAAUCGUCAAGGAGGGACUUCCCGGCCUGCGUCAGUGUGGACUCAACUUCGUGGAGAUUUGCUCGUUGGCCCCCAAUGAUGUAGUUGAGAAGCUUCUCCCACUCGCUCAAUCAUUGACCAAGCCAAUCUUUAGCAACAACCAAGAUAUGCAGGGCUACGCUGCUAGAGCAUUCGGUAUUCUCGUGUCCCAUCCUUCCUUUGAUGAAAGCGCGUUGAAGAACUUUGUGACUGAGCUGGCUCGUACCGCCGAGUCAUGGAGCACUGCUAUUGGCGAAGCUGCUCUUCGAGUCCGCGGUGCGGUCUUGUCAUUGUCAUACUUGUUGAGCAGACUUGCAUACAGGAAGCUCCUCGACAAGGUCUCUGAAAAACAAGUCAAGCAGUUCAUCGAUACAGUUCUAGACAUCAUUGAUGCUUCACGGGAUAGUCUGCUCCAGCGCACGGCAGAGCUAGCCUUGGGCCAACUCAGUCUAUCUGGAAUCAUUUCUUUCCAAAUUCUCCCAGAGGAUGGCUGGAAGAAGCUGCAGAAGAAGCUGGCGACCGAUGCAAAGACCGAAAAUAACACCCCUAUCUCCGCGCUGGGUCUUCUCACUCUGACCUUCUCCCGAGCCCACCCCGACGCCUCUCUGUUCAACGACUUCUUGGGAUCUCUUUACAGCCUUCAUGAAGUCAAGAGCCCCGAGGUCCAGUUCACCAUCGGCGAGGCACUAAGCAACGUCGCCGUCGGAUGGGAUUCGCGGGCACUGAUCCAAGACUUUGAUGUCGAUGCAGGCUUCCCCCAAUCAGACGUGCCACGUACGGUAUUUGCCGAGGUAUGCGACAAGCUCAUCACGGAUUGUGGCGCCUCCAAGCCAUCUCUUCGGAAGGCGUCGGCUAUAUGGCUCUUGUCGCUUGUGAAGAAUUGCGGACACCUGCAAGAGAUGCAGGAACGCCUACGUAGGUGUCAAGCCACGUUUACCAGCCUACUGGGAAGCCGUGACGAGGUGGUACAAGAGACGGGUGCCCACGGCCUCAGCCUUGUAUACGGGAUUGGUGACCAGUCCCUCAAGGAUGACUUGGUCCGUGACCUGGUAGAUUCAUUCACGGGGACGGGAUCUAAUCUCGGAGGUGGCAAUGUCACUAGCGAUACCCAGUUAUUCGAACCGGGGGCUCUGCCAACGGGCGAAGGGUCGUCGGUCAAUACCUACAAGGAUAUUAUGAACCUUGCAGCCGAGGCUGGAGACCCAACUCUCGUCUACCGAUUCAUGUCUAUGGCCUCCAACAAUGCUCUCUGGACUAACCGAGCGGCAUUCGGUCGAUUCGGCAUCAGCACGAUAUUCUCUGAUUCCAGCGUCGAUGGCUAUCUCGCCAAGAACCCCAAGAUCUAUCCAAAGCUCUUCCGGUACCGAUUCGACCCCAACCCGAAUGUGCAGCGGUCCAUGAACACCAUCUGGCAGGCUCUCGUCAAGGACCCGACCGUGGUGGUAGACACGCACUUUGAUCAGAUCAUGGAAGAUUUACUCAAGAGCAUGCUUUCGGGGCGCGAGUGGCGUGUUCGCCAGGCAAGUUGUGCCGCCGUGGCGGAUCUUGUCUCGGGACGCCGCCCCGAAAAGUACGCCCAAUAUCUCGAUGAGAUCUACAGCAAGGCAUUUAAGCUUUUGGAUGAUAUUAAAGAGUCCGUGCGGGUGGCUGCACUGAAGCUCUGCCAGACGAUCACCAACUCGGUGAUCCGCACGCUCGAAACCAACGGCUCUGAGAAGCGUGCUGGCGUUCUACUCGGCAGUGCCGUUCCUUUCCUUCUCAGUGACAAGGGUCUUGACUCGAGUGUGGAGGAGGUACGGGGAUACGCCAUCGGCGCCCUUGUGCAGAUUAUCAAGAAGAGCCCUGGCACGUUGCUGCACCCCUUCGUGCCUAGCAUCCUCGAGAAGUUCCUGGGCUCGCUCAGUGCUUUGGAACCUCAAGCUGUCAAUUAUGUUCAUCUCAACGCGGACAAGUAUGGCUUGACCGGUCAGGAGAUUGACAAGAUGCGUCUUUCUAGUAUUCGCACAUCACCCAUGAUGGAAGUCAUCGAGCGAUACUUGAUCGACCAUCUGGAUGAGAACAACGUGAAGGAGCUCGCACCCAAAUUGGAAAAUACCCUCCGUUCGGCCGUCGGUCUUCCUUCAAAGGUGGGCUGCAGUCGUGUCCUCGUACUCUUGAGUAUGAAGACUCUCCUCUUCCGCCCCUACGCAGACCGAUUCAUCCAACUCCUCAGCAAGUAUGUGGUCGACCGAAACGAAACCGUCAGCGCGUCCUACUGCACGUCAAUGGGGUACCUCCUGCGCCUCGCCUCCGAUGACCAGGUCUUGAAGACCAUCGACUACGCCAAGACGCUCUAUCUCAAUGCCGAAGACGCAAACACCCGAACCAUUGCGGCCGAAAUCCUAUACUCGGCCUCGAAGCUGUCCAACGAUCGAUUCAUGGCCUUCGCUACGGCCGCCCUGCCCUUUGUCUUUGUCUGCAAGCAUGACGCAGAUGAGCACGUGAAGGAGGAGUUCGACAAGACGUGGCAGGACAAUGUGGGUGGCAACCGAGCCGUGUCUCUGUAUCUCCGCGAGAUCGUGGGCCUGGUGGCGGAUAAUCUGGAUUCGGCACGGUGGGCUAUCAAGCAUACGGCCGCGCGGGCUAUUGCCCAGGCAGUACUGUCUCUGGAGGGGGAGCUCGACCUACCGACGGCGCAAUUGGUUUGGCCCGUUCUGGAGAAGGCCUUGUCCGGGAAGACUUGGGAGGGGAAAGAAGUAGUGCUGACGGCAUUGGUGAAAUUCGCGCGCUCCGGUCGGGCGCUCUGGACGACACGAACGGAUUUGGCAGAGUUGCUCAAGACUAUCGCCGUCCGCGAAGCGAAGCGAACUAACGCAACCUACCGGCCGCAUGGACUACGGGCUUUGGGGCAAAUCUCGCAGGCUCGCGAGAUAGACUUGAUGCCUAAUGCCCUUGGGAUCAUUGGCCCCGUGAUUGACGAAGUCAUCGACGAACAAAAUGACAACGGUGACAAGAUGGAGAUAGACGGCAAGGGGCCCGACGCAACUGAGACGCUGGCCGCAGGCGUGCAGUGCCUACUGCAAUGUCUAAACCCCGCCACGGCCGAAACCGAAGUGCUGGGAGAAUACCUGCGACAGGUGAUCGGUCCGUUGGACCAGGCCCUGACUCACGGGCCCCGACAGGUCGUCAGCACGGUCUACUUGGAGCUCCAAGCGUUUUACACCCGAGUGGAUCAGUGGCCGGGCUUUACGGAGGCUGUGUCGGACCCAGUGCCCGAGUCUAAGCAGGAGUCUGUGCUCGCUGGCCCUAUGCGAUCGCUCGCUUCGUUACUCAUGCGCGACGGGGACGCUGUCGAGGCGGUGCGUAAGGGUCGCGCGGAGGCUAUCCUGGCGUACCUGAAACUUCGGCCGGGUCUACGGGGGGUGCCUGAGGCGCGAUUGGGUGAGUCGUUACGUGUGUGGAGGGCUGCUGAGAGAUCGAGUACCGUUCAGCGCCUGUUGGACGAGGCGUUAGUGGUGGUGGGCUGA